AUGGAAAGUAUCGUCGAACUUUGCAAAAGUAAGCGUUCUCGUAAUUUGAUGUUACGUGAGAGAGAAGCAAAUGGGGUGGCUGGUUCGGCAAUAGCAUCAUAUGCGGAUAUUGGCACCGAUCCACCUGACCAAGUGCCAUUAUUACCAAUGGAAACUGUGUUUUUGGCUAUCUUACUGAUCAUUUUCUACUAUAAACUAUUUAUUACGAUUGGAUGCUCUAUUUUCGAAUGGGUCUACUCAGGGGAAUUACAAAGUCAAUUUGCUAAGACACUAUCACUGGAAGAUGAAGAAUAUCACCAGGAAUUUGUCCGACAUGUGAAAAAAACAAACUAUUUUCGGAAAUAA